ACAGACAUUUGUUCGUGUUAUCAGCAAACAACAACCUUAUCCUUUCUUGUUCUUUCCAAUCUAUAGCAAUCUCCCACGUAUAUAUAAGAUCAGGUAGUGCGUAAAAGCUUGGUCGUACACUAAAACACUUCACUAGUUUUCCAGCACCAAAAUAUCUUCUGCAAAUGUUGUCAAAGUCCAUGAAUCAAGAAGAGGUUAUCAGCCCCAGAAACACCAAGAAAGCCACUCAUUCUUCUUCUUCUCCUUCCAAGAAUUCUGGGUUUGUGAGCUUUUGUACGAAGCUAACCAGAAAGAGAGCCAAAGGGGAGGAUAGUUCUUCUUCUUUUUCAUCUGAGGAAGAUGGCAGUUGCUACGAGAGGGUUUUCGCAUACUUUGACGAGGAUGGAGAUGGGAGGGUGUCGGCGGCGGAGCUGCAGAGGGCGGUGAGGGCGGUAGGCGGGGAGCUGACGGCGGAGGAGGCGGAGGAGGCGGUGCGGUUAUCGGACUCCGACGGGGAUGGGAUGUUGGGGAUUGAGGAUUUCACUAAGUUGAUGGAGGGGGAGAGGAAGGAGGAUGAGCUGAGAGAGGCUUUUGGGAUGUAUGCAAUGAAGGGCACUGAUUAUAUUACUCCCAAGAGCUUGAAGAAGAUGUUGUGUAGGCUUGGGGAGUCCACCACCACCCAUAACUGCAAAGCUAUGAUUAGGAGAUUUGACCUUAAUGGAGAUGGAGUUCUUGGUUUUGAUGAGUUCAAGAUCAUGAUGAGUUAGUUCAUCCAAGCACACACAUUGUAUAUAUAUCAUAAUAACUUGUUUUGUAUUGUAUGAUUCAGUUGAAUUCUUUGUGUAAAACAAUAUUACUUCAAUAAAUCA